CUUUAGAUAUAGCUUUCCGGAAUUACAAAAAGAAAAUAAAGUAAGCGGACAUUUUGUAUUUUAGGUACCAAAAAUAAUGAGUUUUUUAAUACAAGGACUAAUCCGGUAAUUUAAUUUUAAUAUAGAAAAAUGAAAUUGCUUUAGGGGCCACAGCAAUUCGCCUCUAUUUCAGUGAAGUCCUUCCCAAUUUCACAUUCCGCUUCUAUUAUUUUUAAUUUUUUUUUAGUGAGAGAAAGUCGUGCGCCCCUUUUGAGCCAAACCCAUCUCCACUUUCUCUCUCUACAAAAGCCCUUCCUCCACUCCCCGAGUUAGCGUAAGCUCUGCGACCCAAGCCAACUCAUUCCCCCCAGUCUUCAUCGAAUCCAAUCCAAUCCAAUGGCUAAUAGCAAUUUACCUCGUAGAAUUAUCAAGGUUAAUUUCUUGAUCUCCCUGUUUCUUUUUCGUUUUCUUUUCGAUCCUUUGGUCGAUUUACUCAUUUACCCGAUGUGAUCAUUUAGUUUCGUUUUACCAAUUUUAGGGUUUCUGUGAACUUGUUGGUUUUGAUCGUUUAUUUAACUUGUAAUAUUUGAUCUUUCUGAUACUUGUUUGUUUCCCGUCAUGCAACAGGAAACUCAGCGUCUUCUGAGCGAACCCGCUCCGGGGAUAAGUGCGUCUCCCUCUGAGGAAAAUAUGCGUUACUUUAAUGUCAUGAUUCUUGGUCCAACCCAAUCUCCUUAUGAAGGAGGUGUAUUCAAGCUGGAACUGUUUUUACCAGAAGAAUAUCCCAUGGCAGCUCCAAAGGUCCGAUUCCUGACCAAAAUAUACCAUCCUAACAUUGAUAAGCUUGGAAGGAUAUGCCUUGAUAUUCUUAAAGACAAGUGGAGUCCUGCUCUUCAGAUCCGAACUGUACUUUUAAGCAUUCAAGCACUAUUGAGUGCCCCAAACCCUGAUGAUCCUCUCUCAGAGAACAUUGCAAAGCACUGGAAAUCUAACGAGGCUGAGGCUGUUGAAACAGGUAGAAACUCUACACCUUUGGGCCUCUUUUUUUUUGGUUUGUACUUGAUUCUUCGUUCCUUUAUCUUAAUUUUGAGGAGGUUGAAUUAUGACCAGUUUACUGAAGGCUUUUGAUAUGGUUGACUGCAGCCAAAGAAUGGACGCGUCUUUAUGCAAGUGGCGCCUGAAGACCUAAACUCAGUGCUCGUGAAAAUAACUUGUGCAAUGUAUUCUAUUGACUGAGUAAUUCAAUGUGGAAUCUGGAAACAAAAAGAUAAUUCUUAAUGGGGGAAUUACUGCUCUAAAGAGUUUCCAGUUACUAUGUUAUAAUUGUUUUCUUGUCACGAACGUGGUUCAAACUGUAUAAUUAAAUGAAAUGCACCUGGUUCCUUGUGUUUCCAAUUCUUCUUUUUUAUGCAUUGGAUCAAAGCAGGAGUAUAUACAGUUAUCAAAAUCCUACGUGGCCGAUCUCUAAGCUGACUCAGUUUAGUCGGUUAAUGUGUUCCUACUUGAUCAUUCUCCAGUGAAAUUGAGCAUUCUAGCUUCGCUUUGCUAUGGAAGAAUAUAGUGAGAAGAUUUCUCUCGGUCUGGUAGCAGAACAAACCAGGAUUAUGUAAAGACUGAAAAUCAAUGGAAAUAUUUACUAACACGUUGGAAAUGAAUUUUGAAGCCAAUCCGUGGAACAAGGGAACAAAUUUCAAGCGAAUGAAUCAAUGCAGAGGACUAAGUUUUUUUCAUCGAUGAAAAUGCUCCAGUGAGGAUCUGUCUUUCUGAAGAAAUAAUAUGUGAAGGCAUUAAGAUGACUUUGUUCAAAUAUACUAGCUAGAUUGCAUAUUAAUCAAACUGAUGAGUAAUCAAGAAGGGAUCAAUGGCAGAGAAAGGAGGAGGCAUUGUGAAGAAGGGACGUGAAGAACACCGAUUACAUGUGGAUUGUUCAACAAAAGAAAGUCGAACACGAGUUGGAAGAAAAAGGGCAAACUUGUGAGCUAUGAUACCAAAUCCAUGGAGAAGAAGAGGAUUAAGAAACUCAAGGGUGUUAAGGGUAAGGAACUAAUGCAUUGGCCUCCAGUUAGUGAGAUGAGAUCCUCCUACUGGAAAAAUCCAUUUCAAGAGCUUGGCUUGGCAUCACCAAAACUUUCGGUGUUGAUGAUUUUGGCGUUUCGGAGAUCGUUGCUGCUUCUAUGUAUGGCUAAAACAUAUUUAGCAUGUCAAGUAGUUCUCUUUCCUAAAUCAGGCUUGCCUGUAUUGAACUUGAAUCGUUACAAGAUCGUUUAACCUAAUUUGUUUAUAUCCCUAAGAGCCAAUGCAACGCAUGUUUGGCAACC